AUGGCGCCAAAUCAAGCGAACUGCACGGUAUCCGUGCCACCAGCCACAGACGAUGAUAUUGAAAAGCAGAUCAUAGACCUUCCAUAUGCGGGUGAUUGUCCUCCAAAUGGAUAUCCAGCACCUUCGACCGAUGAAAUGGAGAAACAAAAGUUUCAUGAAAGUGGAGUAACCGCGCGUUCCCUUGACACGCACUCUGAAACCCACCAGGAUGAUCAUAUUUCAACCAGGAAAUCCAAGCUUCAUAAAAUAGCUGAUAUCAAUACUUACAAAGGAUCCACACUGGAGGAGAAACUUGACACCCUCAUUCAGUCGCACCCAGUUGUGAUGAUCAAUCGAACGUGGUGCCUAUUUUCGGUCGAUGCCCAAAACUUUUUGAUUCAACAGAUGAAUGCUUCAGUUCAUUCAAUUGAAGUCGAUCUCCAUCCACAAGGAAAGAAAAUAUCUAAGUACAUGAAGGAGAAGACAAAGCAUUAUACAACCCCAUGUAUCUUUAUCAAAGGCGAGUUUCUCGGCGGGUUCAAAGAAGUAAAUGCUUUGUAUGCUGAAGGAAAGCUUCAAAAACUGUUUCCAGAGGAUUUAUCACAAGACAAUCAAUGUGAAACCUUUUUUUCUGGUGCACAAUAUAAAACAGAACCCUACUUUUGGUUUCCAGAGAAAGUUGACGGAAACGUUGUUCGCAUCACUGGAGUUGUGACCUGUUUUGCCAGUGUAAUUUGUGCAUUCUUGGUUCAAUACCUAUUCUGGGCGAGGUAUAUUGCGUAUGCCAUCGCAAUCGACUUUGUUUUAAGAUUGCUUGGUGGGGCUAAGUUUUCACUGAUUGGAAGAAUAUCAAUCCUGUCAGCCUUUUACCUGGAGCCAAUCCCCAGGAUGGGUCGACCGAAGCAGUUUGCAGCGUGUUGUGGCAUUCUGUUUUCUGGACUUGGAAGCCUUGCCUUCCUUCUGCCCUUUCCGCAUCAUGAUGUAGUGGGAUCUGUGCUCAUGAGUGUACUCGCUGUUGCUACGGGGAUGGAGGGUUUCUUGGACUUUUGUGUUUGUUGUCUAUUGUUCCGUAUGGGAGUACUAUUUGGUAUCUUUCAGGGGACAUCCUAG